AUGGGUGGUCUGGGUAAAACUACUCUUGCCCAGCUCGUAUAUAAUGAUAGAAGGGUGAUGGAUGGAUUCAACCUCAAAGUUUGGGUGUGUGUCUCUGAUGAGUUUGAUGUGUUGAGGGUAACAAAAACAGUUUAUGAGGCAAUCACUGGAUCUAAGGAUGAUACCAAUGAUUUAAAUAUGCUUCAAAUUAAAUUGAAACAACAACUAACUCAAAAGAGGUUUCUCCUUGUUUUAGACGACGUGUGGAAUGAAAAUUUUAUGCUAUGGGAGGCCUUGCAAUCACCAUUUAAUCAUGGGGCUGUAGGAAGCAAAAUUCUUCUAACCACCCGCAGUGGAAAAGUUGCUUCAACCAUGCGUUCUGCUAAUAUACUUCAAUUGAAGCCGUUAUCAGAAGGAGAUAGUUGGUCAUUAUUUAGUAGAUAUGGAUUCCAUGAUGGAAAUGUUCAUUGUGCAAACUCCGACUUUGAAGAAAUUGGUAGAAAAAUAGUAAAAAAUGCAAAGGGCUGCCUUUGGCUUUGA